AUGGGGUUAAAACCUUGGGGAGCGGUUCAAAGUGGGAAAUCUCACUUCAUUGGGUUUGUCGUGUGGCAAAUCAAAUUAACCGGAAUAGUCCUCGUUGAAAAUUCUGGUGAUUCUCAAAGCGAGAUUUUGCGACGUAACGAACGUUCUUUGAUGAUUAGAGAGGGGAAAGGUGACCAACAACAUUCUGCUGAAAUUGUAUGGUCGAAACGGAGUGUAUUGGCUUACCGCGCGUCGUGCGAAGCAGGACUGGUCUUGCAUCAUGCAACAAAGUAUGGGAAUAAACUCGUCCAUGUAGGCCCGAACGGCGGCAGGUGCGACCCCCGACAAACGCCCGAGAGUGGUAAAUAA